AUGAAGGUGACCUACGAUGGCCUGACCAACGAGGAUGGCGAGACAGUCCUUGCAGAGGCGAAACCAAUCAUUAUACGGAACCUCCCUUUUUCAUUUUCGAAUUUUCAACUACACCGCCGCUGCCACGAUUAUGAUCAGUGGGAUUCAGAUGAUGAUGAUCCGGAGUGGGAGGUAUACUUUGACGACGAUUGGAACCUAUCUUACAACCUUGUGGAUGGACCCGAUAUUGAAGUCAAUGUCACUGAUGAGGAAUUGUUCUGGAGCCUCCAACCAGGGGAGAGCUGGACUGAUCAAUUUACUUUUGAUCUCAGUGAACUACACGACGAGACAGCGACCGGUGACUCCUAUCGAUUCCAGUAUUGGGGUGGCUGCGUUGAAUGGUGGAUUUGGGGUAGUCGGGAAGAACAUGCUAAUACCACGGUAAAAGUGCCACCCUGGAGGGGUAACAUUGUUGAUCCGGUUGGCAACGAAGGAAAACCGAAGAUCAUCAUUCCUGGGUCUAAUACGGUCGAGUUUGUUGUUGUUGAUAACACAAAGGAUUCUUAG